CCUUACAACCGUACUACAGAAAUGAAAGGCAACACAGCCCCGACCAAAGUAUGAGUGUGACAAUUGAAACAUCUUUGAACUUUAUUUCUGACAGUUAUCAAAAUACAUAUUAGUUUUAAUCGCUAAACAGUUAUAAUACUGGCCUUAUUUACAUAACAAACUUUCGAUUGUGAUAAUACCACGUCCAUCAACAGAAGUCUGUUGACGGGCGUAAAGUAUUCCCUUUCGAUAGUUCAGGAAUGGUAAUGGAUGCCAGUGGGGGAAUAAGUGAUGGCUGAAGUAUUGUUUUUCAAUUAGCUGUAUGAAAAUAUCUUCGGUACCCAGUGUUAUGGGAAUUCAGAAACUGUAAAUGUCAUUACUUUCAGUUUCUGCAGUGUCAAAUAGUAUCAUUGUGCCAGGUUUGUAGUUAAUGCUUAAAGCACGCUUUCAAGCGUUGGAAGGUUUGGUUCCAUGAAGUCGUAGGUACAGUUGUACAGUGAACGCACAGGUGGUAUUUUAGUAUAAUUAGGCUGACGUGAUUUGAAAAUUCUUUUGCAAUGGAAGCAUUAGCAAAACAUGAUUUCAAUGCCACUGCAGACGACGAACUGAGCUUUCGAAAAGGACAAGUCUUGAAGAUCCUAAAUAUGGAAGAUGACAUGAACUGGUACCGAGCCGAACUAGACGGCAGGGAAGGAUUAAUACCAAGUAAUUACAUAGAAAUGAAAACUCACGACUGGUAUUAUGGAAGAAUAACAAGAGCAGAUGCUGAGAAGCUUUUACUAAACAAGCAUGAAGGAGCAUUCCUCAUUCGUGUUAGUGAAAGUUCUCCAGGAGAUUUCUCUCUUUCAGUGAAGUGUUCGGAUGGAGUUCAGCAUUUUAAGGUACUUCGUGAUGCUCAAGGGAAAUUUUUCCUUUGGGUAGUUAAAUUCAACAGUUUGAAUGAGCUGGUGGAAUACCAUAGAACUGCUUCUGUUUCGAGAUCUCAAGAGGUGAAGCUCAGAGACAUGGUUCCAGAAGAGUGCCUGGUGCAAGCAUUGUAUGACUUCACCCCACAAGAACCAGGAGAACUGGAAUUCCGUAGAGGUGAUGUAAUAACUGUGACGGACCGUACAGACCAGCAUUGGUGGCAUGGAGAAAUUGGAGCACGUAGAGGCCUAUUCCCAGCUACUUACGUUGCUCCGUACCAUUCAUAGCUGAUUUUAUACAUACGUCUAGCCUCCAGGCUAUAACUCUCCUUAUAGGAAAGUAAUAUGAACAUUGUAAGUUGUGUGGAAGAUGUAAACUUGCAUUAUUAUUAAUUUUAUUUUAUUUUCAUAAGCUUUAUGUUGUCAUUCUAAUUUCUGUCAUAAUUUUAUAUGGAUUGUUAAAUAUUCAUAAAAACCAUGUGAUUCCUAAAUAUACAUUAUCUCUGAAGUGGCCUUUGUAGUUGUCUGAAAGUGAGCUUUUUAAUCAUUGAACUAAUAAUCAGAAAUAUUCUUAACUUACACAAUCCAGAAAUGUUCCUUGGCUGUUUUACAUGAUUAGGCACAAGAAACAUACAUACCGUGCUGCAUUCUGCAUUCCUUAAAUUUUAAAAUGCUGCCCUUCUAUUACGACAUUGAAAAACUGUCAUGAAUCUUGUAAAUUUCUGCCAGUUUUAUUAAAGUAUUUUGUAUAUUUUUCCCAGACCUAUUGUAUUUGUACUGGUGUACUCUGUCCAAAUAUUUAGGACGUUAUUAAUAUAAAUUUUAGUCUACGCGUGUAUGUGUGUGUGCGUACUUUUGUAUAUAAUUCCCUUCUGGACAGUAUACAUUGAACGAUCAUGUAAACUUGUUGUUGAUAUCAGUGAUACUGUAAGUGAACAGACGGCCUUAAUUGUAAGUGCUUGUGUGUGUGUGUGUGUGUGUGUGUGUGUGUGUGUGUGUGUGUGUGUGUAAGAGAGGCAGAAUAAGGUGUUAAUUGACAUCUACAUAACUUCUGUUAUAGACUGAUAAAUGGUAAAAUUGUGAAAGUGCUUGUUGUACGCAUGUCAUCAAAUUGAGGCUAAGCCCAGUUCAAGUACUGUAUCAGUGAAAGCAGAUUGUAAUGCUGUAUGUUUAAGGCAGUCUGUCGUGUGAAUAUUUUAUUUUUAUCUCUUUAAUGACAUCGUGGUUACUCUAGUGGCAGGUGGUUGUGUUUUAAAGAUUGCAGGUUUUGUUGUGUUAGCAUGUGCUAGUAACUUGAGAACCUUAUGUUGUAAUGUUUUAAUUACUUUUACAUAGUGACAAUUUACUUUUUAAAGGAAAGUUAAAUGUGUGUGGAAUAUUUUAUGUUAUGUAAGUGACAGAAAUGCAAAGGACACAUCACUAUGCAGUAUACAUACUUCUCACUAUGCAGUAUACAUACUUCAUAUUGCCCUAUAGAUUUUAUUAACAUCCAGUUUUUUUAGUGACCCAUCACUAAAGCUCUUUUUUGUUUUCAGGUAACUUGCCUGUAUCCCCAAUUUGAAGCAGUAGUUUAUUGUAUCUUUUGUACACAGGAUUUAAUAUGCAGUUCUCCACCAACUUUACUACACUCAUUUAAAUUACUGAAAUUCUUGAUAAUUCUCAUUAUUUUCAUGUGUUGGAUUUCACACACUUUUAUGUUCUGAUUGUUUUUUUAUGAUUUCCUUCUCCCUCCUUCUACUGAGACUUUGUAUAUACAUCUUAUAUUGUACACUGUGAUACCUUUUCUAGCCAUUCCAGUGCAUCAUCCUGGCAGCCGUGUAAAUGAGUAGCAGUUCUUCUUUUCAGAGAAGUUAAUUUUUUUUUUAAUUUCCUGGGAUAAAUCAGUGUCUUUUGUUGCCCCAUCAUUGUAAAUUGUGUAGAGAAUCUCUUGCAUCUCAGUCUCCUCUGCAUUGUUACUUACCUUGUGAAGAGACCUUGUUAGGAAUAUCUUUUGUAUACAAUUUAUCAUGCUCAUUAGUUUGCACAAUUUUCAGAUGUUACUUUAGUUGAACGAUACAGGAUUUAUGUACAAUGCCCACACCAGAAUCCUUGUAAGUGCAAUAUAUGUUGUUUCAAAGCAAUCUUGUUACAACUGGUGUGGUUUAAUAUUCAACAAUGUUAAAUACUGCCUGCAAGGUAGAUGAUACAAUUCACCAUGGUAAAAUGACUUUUAUUAUGGACACUUUUGUGCAGUUCUCUCAUUAGCUGGUUUAUUUUAAGUAAUCAGUAUUAUUACAGUUGAUGAUACGAAACUGAAAUAUUGAUACAUUAAAAGAAGAUCAGGUCUGACAGAAUCAGCUUAACUUACAACUCAUUUAAGUAACAAACUUGUGCAACAUUUUCCAAAUUGGCAGUUAAUGACACUUUAUGGCUUCCAAAAAUCUCACCAAAUGGAAAAUUGUAGUAAUAUUGAUAAUUUAAAAGAAAAUACAUCAAUUUCUUCUUUAUGACUGAUAACAGUUUUUAAAUUUAUUCUCUAAAAUGUUGAAUCUGAGCACAAUCCAAUAACAUUAUGUGCAGUGCUGCAGGUAAAAACACACAUUUUAAGACCUCACUUGUGGUGAUUGUCCCUAAACUAGGUUCUGAUUUCACACUGAAAUAUGUUCCACACCCUCCACUGGAGCUAUUGCAUGAAUACUUUCAGUGUAUUGCUAUGUCAAAGCAAAGUGUGUGAGGGGUCAAUAUAUGAAAGGGGUAAAUUGCUACUCACUGUAAAGAUACAAUUUUAAGUUGCAGACAGGGCCAACGAAAAGACUGUUACACAUUUAGCUUUUGGCCAAAGCCUUCUUUAGAAUAGACCCUAAACUGCUGUCUCCGGCUGCCUUAGCCAGAAUGUUCAUUGUGCAUGUCUGCAACUCAACAGGUUGUUGUUACAGUGAGCAGCACUGUAAACUUUUCAUGAUGUUUGGUAUUCCAACCUGAACUUUCCAUUGUUUAAGGAGUCAAUAUAGUUAAUCCCAAGGACAAAUACAAGUUACAGACAAAAAGAAAUACCGGUUUGUGGACUGUGUUUAUUUAUAUUGAGAGUUUCAUUUAAUUUGAUGUAAUUUUUUAGUAGUGCUAAGCCACUGAGAAAAUGAUUUCAGUGUAAACUUAAUUUCAAUAUUUGUAUUGUAGGUAUGUGUUUGUUUUAUGAGAGAAUAAUACACUGUUUCUUGAUAUCCUGUUAAUGACAGCAAAUUAUGUUAGAUUAAUACCCAUUUGAACACCUUUCAUAUUACUCAGUCUGUAGUUGAAUCUGCUUUCAGUCUUCAUUUGCCUGUAAAUGUUUUAAUUACUAGUUUUGGCCGUUAAAUUUAGUAUUUGUUUUAAACUGAUUUGUAAAAGUAAAUACUUUGGUUACGCUUUAUAUGUACAUAAUGUAUUGUUUGAUAUUCAACAACAAACAAAACUGGUCAUACAGUGCAUACUUUCAUAGCUGAUAUUUUAUUCUCUUGGGUGAUAGGCUUGGGAGAAAAUUAUACCUACAAUUCUCCCAUGAGUCCCAGAAGACCACAUGUAGCCAAGAAACAAAGGAAAAUGUUUCUGAAAAUUGUGUGAUGUUCUUUUAUUAAUGUAGAAUCAUGGGCACAUUUCUUGCUUUUGCUAACACUGAUAACAAAAACCUAUGAGUGCCAUGUACAAGCAGAAGUCAAACAAGAAUGUUGAAAACCAAUAUUUUUGUACUGAUGUACAAGAAAUUCAUUAUUUUUUACUGUUUUCCAUUGUAUUCUGGAUAAGUUCUCCAGUGUAUAUAAAAUGCUUGAAUCACUUACAAAAUGUGCUUAAGUGUAGCUUAUGUUUACAUUGGCGUCCUUUGUGAUCAGAACUGCUCCAUCCAGUAACUCUUUGAGUAGCCUAAAUAUGGAAUCACUGACGGUGAUGUGUAAUGAGUAUUGCAGAUACAAAAAGGCUUGGUGAUUGCAAUUAAUUAAUGGGAAAUACAAGGCCUUACCUGUUGCAAAACUACUUUUUCAGAAAGUAAUUGAAAUUUUGUUUGAGGCCAAAGAUGGACAUUUAUGAAAUCAGAAUAAUGGUUUAGGUGUAACCAUUCAGUACUACUACUUGAAGUACGUGCCUUGACCAUAUUCAUAAAAUUUCAGCAUAAUAAUCACUGAAGACAAUGGUUUUAUUUUUUGAAAAGGAGUAACACCAUAUUUUCCUUGGUUGGUGGAUGUGAAAAAGGGGGAAUCCACUUUUCUCCAGUUUUCACUGAGUUGUAUUUUUGAGAAUGUGAUUGAUAGACUGCAUAUCCGAAAUUGAUCACGCAUCUUUACGUUGGUGUAAUGGACAUUUGCAUGUCAGUGCUCUAUUGACGCCUUUGGACAGCGAUAUAAUUAAACACUGUGAACUUAAAUAAUAAUUACAUGAUGUUUUGAAUUUUUAUUACAAGCUUGAAACUUUUUCUUGUGUGAAUAAAUCUCAGCAAAUUGUAUUUUCAAUAAAGUUUUAUUCAUUGCUGCAAGUGAAAUUUAUUGGGAUCUACUUAGGAUAUGGAAUAAUCAAGAGUAUAGGUCUAAAAUUGUUUUAUUUCUGUAUUGACGACCAGAAUAGCUUUCUUUUAUUUGUGCUCAUUAAUCGUACUGUCACUAGUUACUGUCACUGCCAAUAUGUGGAUGAAUAAACACAAAAUUCAUAUAUAGCAGCUCAAGUUAAUGUAUCAGUGAUAAUUUUUACACAUUAUUUGAAGGUGGUGGUGAUAUCAAUUGAGAAAACUGGGCAUGCACUGUGAACAAGUGUAUAUCUGAAACUAUGGUUUCUUUAAGUGAAAUUUUUAAUAAUCACAACAAUAAUUGUUGUAGUGAAUGUAAAACUCAAAAAUAUUUCAACUGCAACAGUUCUGAAGUACAUCCAGACGCUAUUCUAGAAAACCCUUACUAAAUACUUCUAUAUAUCUCUUAUUCUCUGUAAUCUGUUAAUUGAUUACUAUACUAAUAUAGCAGUGAGACUUUUACACACACUAAUGCCCUAAAUUUACUAAACAAUUUCAACUAAAACUGAUCUAAUAUAUAAAAACAGUAAAAUAAAUUUAUUAAAAGCAACAACAACAGCAUGGCAAAUACUUAUAUUUCAUGUUGCAGCUGUAGUUGACAAAUGUAUGUGACAAGUUCAAACUGUCUGCCAGGCCAGGGUUUGUAUCAAGAUCCCUGCCUAUUGUCAACACAGUGUUGCCAGUUAUUCCACCCACAAACCUCUUGCACUCUUACUCAGAGUGCCAAAUUGUCACAGUCUCCUCCCCUAAAGUUACCCUAUGAUCCUGUGUGACUAGAACAUUCAAAACAAAUGAUGUAGCAGUAGUAGUUUAGCUUUCACACAGCACUAUGUAUUUCAUUUCCAAAUGCAUUGUGGGCUUAGACUUAACGGUAUUUAUGAACUUGAUGUAUCAAAAAUUUUAACUUCUAUGAAGCUGUGCAUAUGUGGACAGAAGCUGUAUCACAAUACCAGUGAGCUUUUUUUGGCACUACAAACUGCUGGUCUUCACUUCAGGAGUCUUGUGACUGAAAAUCAUAAUGUACAACUCUCACCCUGAACACUUAAUAAUAUGAUAGUGGUUAUUAUUUCUGUCUAUUUGAUAUAAUAAAAGAAACUGGCCUACAAAUGUACCUUCAUUUACCACCAUAAACUCACAGAAGAGGGCAUGGUGUAGGUCUUUGAUUACUCAGAAGUAAAUAGAAAGAAUUUUUGCAGCAUCUACUGAACCAAUGUCAUUAAUGCUUUCAGAUAAACCUCAAAAUACUUGACCCAGCAUUAAGUACAUGGCAGUUAAUGCUGCUUCUCUAUUUUUGUGUGUUAAAUUCUAUACAAUUGUUGCAAGUGGUCAGAUUUACCAUUAUCAUAAUUAACGAGCUGUAAUGCUUGCAGUGAAAUAAAAAAUUAUUGUUUUAACUUAAAGCACAAGUGGAAAACUUAGGAGUUUAUUAAUAUACAGAGCUGACGACAUAAUUUCUGUAUGGAAGUGUUUUAGCUGCCUGAUAUAGAUGUAUAACAGUGUAUAAGGAUUGCUUGUGUUUAAAUUUUUUCUUUUCACAAAUUCUUGCAAUAUUUUUCCAAUUUCCAUCACUCAAUAUGUUUUAAGUCCUCAAUGUUAACACAUAAGCAUUUUCAAGGAAUAUCAUUGUAAGUUAAGAUCUCCUUGUGGAAGAGAACUGUUACACUAAAAACAAAUACAUGCAGAAGUUGUCAUAAUAGCCAGAUAUUUAUGUCUUUCUCAUGUGACUGCACCACACAGUGAAGGAACAGGUGUAAAAUACAUAUAUGAUUCCUAAGACUAAGUGUAGUCCUUGAUGGCCUCAGUGGCUUGCUUUCUUAUGUGAGAGUUGAACCAGCUGGCAUGGAAAGUGCCCAUUUCCUCAUAAGUAUCAUAGAUUGCAAUGUGUUCGUGAGCUUAUGAACGACUUGUCUUUUUCUAAUAAAUGACAGUGGCUUCAAAUGUGCAUUGCAUAACUGAAGAGAUUUUUAUGUUUGUUUAUGCACUCUUGGGAGAGAGAAUGGUGCCAUUACUGUUUCCUUUGGUUAAGGCUUUUUUCCCAACAUUAAUGGAUGCAAAUACUCCAGAUGAAUAUCAAUAAGUUAAUUUGAAAUGAGCAGGUAUUUUAUUUUCUGCUCUUAGGCAAGGUGUCUUAUGUUAAUUGUAACAGCAAAUAAGAGAUUACUUUAGACUUUUAACGGCUUAAUACUGGAAUAACAUGCUUGCUUGUAAUUGCUGUGGCCUAUGUUACCUAAUUCAGCUAAGUGUAGUUUAUUAAAAAUUUGACUGAAUGGUUAUAACCUUUUUGUGAGUUUAUACUGUACAACUUCUUUUUGCUUGGAGUAUAUCUCAUUAUGUUUAUUACAUAAUUGUUAUUUCUCAUAGUUGUAUAAAGUGUUUUAGCUAUUUAUAUAUUUUUUUCAUUAUGGCAGUAUUGUUGUUUCACUUAUAAAAUAAUUACAGUGUAACAUUUUCUCGCAUUAAUUCAAACUAUUCUUUGUGCUUGUUACACUGAGUUCUUUUUAGCCAUGCGAGAUCUACAUUUAACUGAUCACUGCUGAAAUGUUAUUUUUAUGUCAUACUUGUACAGAAAGGUAUGAAGUGGUGAGUGUUUUAUUGUUAAACAUGGUUAUGUCAGUUGAAAAACAUAAAAUUUUGGUUACUGCUAUAUAAAAUACUUCUUCUAGUUUUGAACCAUAUGAUGAAUGUACAAUUGGUUUUCUGUGCUGCAGAUAAGUAUUGCUGAUUAGAAGCAGUUUUGGCAUGUGGGACAUCAUUUUUUAACAUAAAUGUCAUCUUGAUUAAGUGGUGUGUUGAACCGAUUUGUUGACUGAGAGAAAAUUUAAAAAAAAUCAACUGGUGCUUCCUGUUAUCAUGAGCUAUGUGAACUGAUUUUUAAUCUGUUGCAGUUGUGUAGGUGACGGGUACAUUUUAAUGCUGCAAAAAUUCAUUUGCAUUUAAGAAAUUUCUCUUUUGUGUAUGUUCUUUACACGCACACACACUGCUACUAAUGUCAGACAGUAUUGUUUAUGAUGUUAGUACCACAGUUUACAGUGUUCCUGAACCAGAAUACGCAUUUCUUUUACUAUAGUAAUUUCUGUCAAAUUUAUUGUUUAUGUUCACAGCUUUCUCGUAACUGGCGCAAAGUUAAUAUGGUUGAAUGUGUGUACCUCCUAAUUUGCAAUAAAACUGAAUGCAUUUAUGAUUAGUUUAA